AUGGAACAAGAAACUCAAGUCCCACCACUUCCUCCAAAAGAAACUCAAGCUCAACAAGAGCCAAUUGACUUACAUGGAAAUAGAUAUUCUGUUGGACAAAUAAAUGAAACGCAAUUCCAAGAUACGUUAUUAAUUGAUAACGAAUUGCAAAGUCUUACUUCAUCAACAGUAUCUAUUCCUUCUACAAUUAAUACAACUAAAAGUCUUACAUUAAAUUCCAACAUAUUUAUACCGAAAACUGUUCCAUUACCUGAGCAUAGUAAACUUUUAAACAGUGAAGAAAUAAUCAAAUUAAAUCAAGAUACCCACAAAUUAAAUAACUAUAUAAAUCAACUUCAUAAAAAUAGUAAAAUUAAUAUCAUUGAAGAGAUAAAUAUAAUUAAGAAAAAAUUCCAAGAUUUAGAAGUUAAGUUUAACAAACUUGAUAUUGAAAAAAAUGAAGUAUUAAGCCAAAAACUUUCAAAUUUACAAAUUAUAGAGAGUACUUAUAUAAAAAAAUUACAAGAUUUUAAUAGUCAGAUUCAUGAUCAAUAUAGUAAUGAAAGUAUGAAAAAAAAACUGGAGAAACAAAUUAGGGAGAUUGAUGAAGAAAGUGAAAUCAUUGAAAGAAAUAUAACAAAAAAUAUCGAAUCUUCUGAUAAAGAUCAAACUAUGGAUGAAAUGAUUGAUAAAUUUUUGGAUAGUAGAUGUAGAUAUCAUUUACGAGCUCAAAAAUUGGCCACUUGGAAUGUACAAGGAAAUUUGAAAGUUUAA